AUGAGUUCCUUACUGCCUUUGAAAUUAGUUGCAUUGCUGAUUUUAUCAUUGGCUGCUGUGAUGGCAUCAGAGAAUACUCUGUCUAUUCCGCUAUAUCUGCGGACCUUCGAAUCAUCGGCGUUAUUGCCUAAGGCUCUGAUACAAUAUGAUACACGUUCCCAUCAGACUCAAUUGAUAUUGUCCAAUGAACCUCGUACUGCGUCAUUUGAAGGAGAUGCAUGUUUGGGUGUAGAAAAUGAGGCUGGUGAGUUCAAGUGCCUUCAGUUAAUCAAGGCUACCGGUGCAUCAUCAAUUCCAGAGUCGUUUAUUCUGCAACUAUCACCUUCUUUGACUGGGGACUUAUUCCAAGAUGUUGCUGGCAUCAACUAUUCAAUUGAUCCAUCAUUAACAGAAUCUGUUGCUGUGGUUAAAUCUGCUCCUAAAGGACCUGUUCCAGAAGUUAAAGAGCAGAUUAAGCUGGUAGAUAACAAGAUCCCCGAGCCUCCUGUUGAGAAAUCUUUCAUUCAAAAAUACUGGAUGUAUAUUCUUCCAGUUGCUUUGAUGCUGUUAGUGUCUGGCGGUGGUGGUGAGCAGCAGUAA